UGUUUAUUGAAUAAUAUCGGUUGAUUUAGUGCUUUGUUUCAUAGCUCUGAUGAGAUAGGUAGCAGUAGGUGUUUUGUGAUCUUAGGUUCUAGUAGUGUUUAGGGUUUUAAUGAGUUUGUAUGCCGCCUCUGAUGAUGAUUCAAAUAUACUUUCGUUCUUCCGAGAUUCUCCGUGCGGCAAAUAUUUGGAGACCUGAACUGAAGGAGGCUUCAUUAUUCGUAAUCAUUAUGUGAUUAUAUAUACAAACUAUACUUGUUUGCUUUUAGGGAUUGGUGCUUUGACUGCUUUCUUUGGUUGUUUUGUUUUGAUUUUCCACUGUUCUGGUGGAUUUUGAUACUUUCAUUAGGUCAUUCGUUAGUGAUUUAUUUUGAUGAUUUGUGUGAAGCAUUGGUUGAUUCGGUAUUUGAGAGAGCAUGGACAAAUGGUCAUAGCCGCAAUGACACUGUAUUUACUGGUUGGAGUGAUGUAUUUCAUGACACAUUGUUAUGUAAUGUUGUUGUAGGUUAUGAAGAUGCUAUUUAUACUCUGGGUAUGUGAGAUUGAUUGACUGGGUUCAUGUAUUUAUUUGCAGGUUUGGUGUGCAGUUUUUGGAACAAGUCUAUAAUAGCUUAACUUUGGUUCAGGAUGUCCAGCCGACCAAUGGAAGUAGAUGUAAGUUAUAACGCUCUUUUUGGUAUUAUGAUUGCGUCUUUAUCAUGUCUGUUGUUCUGUUUUUGCUGGGGUUGUGUUAACUGUUGCUGAAAUUUGUUAUCUAUUUUGCGACAUUGAACUAGCGUUAGUCGGUAGUGUAUACGAAACCCAAAAAGUUUGUUGUCUGUUGUUCAAUUGCAUAUGUUGAUUUGUACAACUACUUAGUGUGCCUAUGGCUUCUAUGUCUAUGCCUGUGUUUCUGUUCCUAGUACUAAUUGAAAUCUCAUUGUCUGAUUUAUCCUAUACAUCCAUGUAGGAUUUAGCUUGGUCUCGGGGGUUUCCCAGUUCCAUAAGUACUGUAAAUGGUAUGGUUUCUUUUCUGUUCUUUUCUUAAGCUUUGUAUUUGAAAACCUUUUUUUUAAUGAAAGAACAAAAGCCAAUUUGCAGAGCAAAGGCAUUUGUAAAAUAUGGCGUGAAUUGCAUUGAAGGUUGGCAAUAAUAUCAAGCGAUUCUCUGUGCCUAUCAGAUUCUCAUAGUUCUGAUUAUGGCCUCGAACAAGUCGUGACAUUUAGUUAUCCUAUAUAUAACCAUCUGACGGAGUUAGUUUGAUAGUGUUCUCUCUUCUUAUAGGUUCCUUUCUUUACUGUUGCACUUUCUUUAUUAAAUGAAAAAAACAAAAGCCAAUUUGCAGAGCAAGGGUGUCCUGUGGCGCAAAUUGCAUUGAAGGUUGGCAAUAAUAUCAAGCAAUUCUCCGUGCCUAUCAAAUAUUAAUUGUUUUGCUUAUGGCCUCGAACAAGUUGUGACAUCCAUUCGUCCUAUAAAUUUAACCAUCUAUAGGAAUAAGUUUGAGAGCUUUCUCUUCUUUAGGUUUCUCUCUUUACUUGGAAACUAUCUUGAUUCAAUGAAAGAAAACAAAACCCAAUUUGCAGAGCAAAGGCGUUCAAUAUUUGUGGCGCAAAUUGCAUUGAAGGUUGGCAAUAAUAUCAAGCGAUUCUCCGUGCCUAUCAAAUUCUAAUAGUUUUGUAAUGGCCUCGAACAAGUCGCGACAUUCAUUCAUCCUGCUAGGGUGUACAGGACCACUCUCGAUUCUCAUGUUGAGUGUCAAGAAUCAUACUCAGGUCCUCAUCAAUUGCCGCAACAACAGAAAGCUUUUUGGCAGAGUGAGAGCAUUUGAUCGGCACUGCAACAUGGUUCUGGAAAAUGUCAAGGAGAUGUGGACUGAGGUUCCAAGGGCUGGGAAAGGCAAGACGAAGGCCCAAGCGGUGAACAAGGACAGAUUCAUCAGCAAGAUGUUUCUCCGCGGAGAUUCUGUAGUCAUUGUUCUGAGGAAUCCCAAGUGAUGUACUGCAGCAUUAUGCUGAAAAUUAUACCCAAUUUACGAACUGGAAACCCUUUGUAGGCUUACUGAAGAUUGAAGAUUGCUGAGAGUGUACAUUUUGACCCGAUGACUGUUACCAAGAUCAAUAUUGUAGUAAAUUUGGACUUUGCAUUACCAUGAUUACCA